AUGCAAGGACAUGGUCAAGAUGAUACGCAUACCAUUGAUAUCAACUAUGGGACUAGCAUUAUAAAAGGUGUGAACCCUGAAUUUCGGGUCACGAAGAGACGUCGUCGACUCUUCGUGCAAGCCUGGCCAUCGAAUGGCACUUUUUUGUGCAAAGAAAACCCCACCCCGGCGGAUAUGAUAUACAUUGGCCUCAACCCAUCGGAUAUGCUGGUUCAACGAUCAUCAUCUCAGGAGGAGGAGGAUGCAUUUGCAGACCGACUGCGACUCAUUGGCGCACAGGAGUGGGAGGAUCAAGAGAGAUGUGAGAAAGAAUACUACAAUGAGGGUGAACAAAGUGGGCAGCGAAAAUAUCAUCAAUCAAUCUAUGCCUGGCCAUCCAACAGCAAGGGGCUCUGGGUCUAUGAGUAUAAUUCAGCCCCACAUCUCCAACCGCGUGAGCUGCUGGAUGCUUUGCGUGAUGUCCAGGAUAUGGAUGAGCAAUGUGCUAUCUUGGAAAAAUGGCAGGCGACAUUCUAUGCGGAUCCAGGCGACUACCCUCCUAUUGCUGCCCUUUUCAAGGAUCAGAAAAGAGAUGAACAUGGAAGAAAGGAACUGUAG